AUGGAGCUAUGGAUAUGGCGAUCGACUCAGAUGCCGAAGAUUCCCAACAAUAAAGUGCCGAUGGAUACGGCGGAGGUCCCCAUGAUGAAGAGUGCCACGGACCCCACUGUGGUGAUGAGGAAAUUACCGGUGGUCCUCCCUCAUCGAUUGAUUCCUCACUUGCUGAAGCACAACCUCGUUGUGCCCGACUUUGCAGCGAUUCGGGAAUAUUGGAUCCACAUGUUCACGCACGCGGAAUGGGGCCCCGGACAUCCACUCGCUGAGCAGGGGGGGAACUGCAAACAUUUGCCAGUCUAUCUCUAUGCCGAUGAUGUGAAAUGGACAAAUGAAGAGAAACGCACCCAGGUGAGUCUAGGCCUGGUGUUAGAUGAGCGGACGCAUUCGAUGACCACGCACUUCCCCUUGUGGAUCCUGAGGGAGAUAUCAUCCCUGGCAGUCUUUGUCGACCGGGUUUUCGACCAUUCAGGCCUUUAUGAGGCCUGUCGCUUGGUGGUCGACUCCUUGAACAUUUUGUUCCGAGGAGAGGUCUGCGAGCCCGACAUGGAGCCACCGCUGGCCGCUCUUACCGAGCUAAGGGCAGACUGGAAGUUUUACAAAGAGACUUGGCGGGUAUGA